AUGACGUCGACGUCGCCGGACCACCUGUUCGGCCUCCGCAACAGCUUCUACGUGGGCGCGUACCAGGCCGCCAUCACCGGCAGCCAGUCCGUCCCCGCGCACGCGCUCUCCCCCGACGAGGUCCUCCACCGCGACGCGAUCCUCUACCGCUCCUACAUCGCCAUCGGCUCCCACCAGCUGGUGAUCGACGAGAUCGGGCCGGCCGCUGCGACGCCGCUCCAGGCCGUCAAGCUGCUCGCGUUGUACCUCUCCGGCGGCGCCGCCGGAAACAAGGAGUCGGCGGUCUCGAGACUCAAGGAGCUCUUGGGUGAUCCCGCGGUGGGGAGCAACCUGAUUCUCCGGCUGGUCGCAGGGACCAUCUUCAUGCACGAACAGGAUUAUGCCGAAGCUCUCAAGCACACGAAUUCUGGUGGCAAUAUGGAGCUGCUUGCGCUGAAUGUCCAGAUAUACCUCCAAAUGCACAGGCCCGACAACGCGGAGAAGCAGCUCAGGGUCAUGCAGAAGCUGGACGAAGACCACACGCUGACACAGCUCGCCAGCGCAUGGCUACACCUUGUCAUGGGUGGCUCCAAGAUACAAGAGGCCUACCUCAUCUUCCAAGACUUCUCGGAGAAGUACACAGCGACCUGCAUGAUUCUAAACGGGAAAGCCCAGUGCUUGAUGCACAUGGGCAAUUUUGAACAAGCAGAAGGCUUGCUGCUGGAAUCACUGAACAAGGACCCCAAGGAUGCACAAACUCUUGCUAACAUCACCGUGUGCAGCCUGAAACUGGGGAAACCUGCAUCGCGCUAUCUCAACCAGCUGAAGCUAGCCCAGCCUGAGCACGUACUGGUGAAGCGGAUGUCCGCUGCUGAAGACACCUUCGACAGAGCGAGCCAGGCGAUGGCAUGAGUUCUCCUGUAAUUUUUUUCAAUUAACCUGUCGCUGGACAGACCAAAGCAAACACUUGUCUCACAGCAGCCAGUUCAAAAGAACAGCCAAUAAUUCUUACGUUCAGUUCCAAUCCUCAAACAGUCAACGAACACGACAAAACUUGUCUCUUGGC